CGARACUUCUGCCAUUAGUUCCUUGCUGGUUCGCCUGUUUUUUUCUUUAAUAUGGCCUCGAUAAAUGAUCCAGAUCGCGAAGAUUAUCAGGUUUUGGAACUAAGAAAGCGCCCUAAAGGAGGAAAUUCACACAAAGAUAAGCUCCCAAGUAAGGAUUACGAGAGUCUAGAUUAUGACAUUUGCUACAACCAUCCAUUUUCACAGAUGAUGAAAUCUAAAGCAACAAUGCCUUUGGUCAGACAAAACCUCGUUAGGUGGUUGGUAACAUUUGUCAUUGGAGUUUUAACUGGACUGGUGGCAGUGUUUAUAGAUUAUUUUGUAAGAUUAUUAUCUGAUUGGAAGACUGGUGUUGUAGAAGUGUCUUUGAAGUAUUGUACUCCAGCUGGGUGCCUUGUGGUGACUCUUCUUAUAAUGAUGCUAUUCAAUGGUGGAUUUGCAUUGAUUGCCUCAAUUCUGACUGUAAUUGAGCCUGUUGCUGCUGGUAGUGGAAUUCCUGAAAUAAAAAGUUAUCUAAAUGGAGUCAAGGUCCCUCAUGUUGUAAGGCUGAAGACUCUUGUUUGUAAAGCUGUUGGUGUUUUAUUUAGUGUAGCUGGAGGGUUAUUUGUUGGUAAGGAAGGUCCUAUGAUCCACAGUGGUGCAAUAAUAGGAGCAGGUGUUCCUCAGUUUCAGAGUCUGGCAUUUAGAAAGAUCAAUUUCAAUUUUCCAUAUUUUAGAACUGAUAGAGAUAAAAGAGAUUUUGUAUCUAGUGGUGCCGCUGCUGGAGUAGCAGCUGCUUUUGGUGCACCAAUUGGAGGUGUCCUUUUUAGUUUGGAAGAAGGSAGUUCAUUUUGGAACCAAGCCCUUACUUGGAGGACUUUCUUUUGUUCCAUGUCUGCAACAUUUACUCUAAACUUCCUUCUAUCUGGUAUCAAUAAUUAUGGAUGGGGAACCUUCAACCAGCCUGGUCUUAUCAAUUUUGGAGUGUUUCAGUGCAACAAAGCAGCAGGAAAAAGAUGUGAUUUAUGGAACAUUCAAGACUUGUUGAUCUUYAUUGUAAUGGGUUUCUUUGGUGGACUGUUGGGGGCCUGGUUUAACGCUCUCAAUAAAGACCUUACAAAGCACAGGAUACUUCACGUUCACACAAGAAGCAAAGUCAUUAGAAUUCUGGAAGCCAUAUUAGUAGCCCUUGCAACAACUGCCAUAGCCUUCUUCUGUCCAGUCUAUCUUGGGACAUGUAAGACAUAUGCAAGUGGAGCCAUAAAAAUGAAUGAUACCAAGAGUUACUUCUGCACUGAGGGACAGUACAACGACAUGGCCACUUUGUUUUUUAACUCUCAAGAAGGAGCAGUAAAGCAACUAUUUCAUUUAGAUGGUGCCUUCAGUUUGCCUUCACUAGCUAUUUUCUUUAUCUGUUUUUAUUUCCUGGCUUGCUGGACAUAUGGUGCUAGUGUACCAAGUGGUCUGUUUGUGCCUUGUCUGUUGUGUGGUGCAUCGUAUGGAAGGUUCGUUGGAGAGGUACUUAGAAGGUUUUUCUACUAUGACCAUACAUACCAUGGUACCUAUGCCCUGAUAGGAGCAGCAUCAUUCCUAGGGGGGGUAGUGAGAAUGACAAUCAGUCUUACAGUUAUCUUGAUUGAAUCAACCAAUGAAAUCAGUUAUGGCUUGCCUAUCAUGAUCACUCUGAUGGUAAUGUUGAAAAAGCUUAAAGUAACAAUGCGCUAAAGAACUAGGGAGCUCUCUAUUGUUCUGCGGCAUAGCAAGUUCCCCAUGUACGAAUGUCUUGGUUUUCACACUGAUUAUGAACUCAAAGCCCACAAUAUCAUGGAGUCAUGCYUGUCAUACAUCUACCCUCAUACAAGAGUCMGAUCGAUUGUUGGGAUCCUAAAGACYACAGCACACAAYGCUUACCCUGUUGUAACMAUAGACAAAGCUGUCUCUACAAUSCCUGAAGAUGAYGACUAYGCUGGCAACCCUUCAUCAACUAACGACGAGUAUGCACGGUCUAAGACCUUGUCAUUUGUUGUGAACGAACAGAGAUUGAGAAGCCAAUCUGUGGAGGAUUCAGGAUUGCAUGACAGAUGGGAGAUUGAUAAUGCUGCAAGAUUGCAGCUAAGGCAACAGGGAAGCUCUAUGGARGAGUAUGGRUCAAUGAUGUCAUCAUCUAUGCCUCAAACAUCUUUUAUYAAUGCAAGACUUGGUUUUGAUGAGUCUGGAAAGGAACAAUCCAACUUUAUGUUCACAGGUGGUUCAAUGAAUUCUAUACCAGAAAAUCAUCUUGAURUACGUAGCUCCGAAAGUGAAAAGCAAUUUGUAACUUUACAUGGUAUUAUUCUAAGGUCACAGCUUGUGACGCUGCUGAAAAGAGGUGUUUAUUAUGCCGAGGCUGAUGGGAUUGAGUCACAACCCAUAGUCAACUUUGCUGGGAUGACGUCUGAAUAUCCACGAUUUCCUGAAGUCUACAAUCUGCACAUCACCCAUAGUGACAAAGAUAAGAUUAUGGAUGUGACACCGUAUAUGAACCCCUGUCCAUAUGUUGUGUUUCCAUGGACACCAGUUCCUCUGGUAUUUAACUUGUUCAGGACAAUGGGUUUACGCCAUCUUCCUGUCAUCAACAACAAGGGCCAGCUUGUUGGGAUUAUUACAAGAUAUAACCUGACACAUGAAUAUAUGGAGGAAUGCUUGGAAAGACUAGAACAUUCUCUUGAUAAUUCUGAAUAGAUUUAAGAACAGAUAAAGAGUUAUAUUAGUUAUAUUAUAUAAAAGCCAAAAGGCCUAUAGUGACAGUGUCCAUAUUAUUAUACAUCUCAUAUAUUAAAUCCAAAAUUCAGGCAAUUUGAACGACUGAUAUAAUUAUAUAUACACGAUGUAUGGACGUAAGGCCUAACUUUUACAAAACCUAUUGGACAUGGAACAGAUGUAAAACAACAAAAUUAUCAAAGUUGWUUUUUUACUACUUAUUAUAGAUAGUCUAUUUAAAUUGUGCGGGCAUACAAUUUUUUUUAAUUUUUAACUGUGAAUUUUUGUAAUGUAUAUUUUGGUCAAUAAUUCUAUGAUUAUAAUAAAAUUAUUUGCUAUUAAAUAACAUAAAUUUUACAGUCUGUACAAAGUAACAGUUUUUACAAAUUCAAAAUUUAAUUAAAGA